CAAGUGUUUGUAAGACAUUGCCUACCGUACCGGUAAAACUUGCUUCACAUCAUCACACGUUUCAGUUGGUGGUCCAGUUCUCAGAUUCCGGGACUGUUCAGCGGAGUAUGGUAUCAGCCCAGUCCAGUCCAGUCAGGUCAAAAGAAAAGCAGCAGAGGAACAGCCACCAGAAGAAUUUUAGAAUAAAUCCAAAUGCUCAAGCUUACUAGGAAAGAAGAUUGCCAGAGAUAUUACCCUCUUUUGUCUUUUGAAUAUUUCCUUCCUUAUCCUGUGACUGCGAGUCCUCUCCCAACAUACAUGAUACAUCAUAUAUGAUAUAAACCCCUCCAUUUUGUGGCUUCAGUUCCUUGCUCAUCUUUGUCUCAAAGAGUCAAGCCCCACUUUCUUUUGUCUUCUCCUCCUAACCUUUCUUUUUCCCUUCUUGACAAUUCAUGUUCCAAUUACCCAAUCUCGCAUGUUUGAUUGAUGGAAUCAUCACUUGCACUAAAACCACAUAUUUAUUAUUUUUUCCAACUGGAUUGUCAAAGUUGGAAAACUUGCAUGCAAUUUCAAGCAACCAUACAACUCCAUAGAAACUGAUUUUCGUGCUUCAUCAAAAUUGUCAAAUUUAUUCUCAUGAUUCCACAAACUGCACCAUUUCAUGAGCAAAGUAAGGUGUAAACUGAAGUACGCCAGAAUCUUGAAUCCCCAGGAGAGCUAACAUAUUUUCCCGCCAAAUUCUGUUUUCCUUAAAAUCUUUGAUCCCAUUGGCGAUAGUUCAGCAUAUGGAGAGGUUUAGUCAAAGGGAAAAUGUUUUACUGGGAUAUAGUCGACAAGGAUCCUUUGAGACCUCAAUGAAAACAUCGGAUGGAGACUCGGACAUGGAUUUCAGUGAUGUUUUUGGCGGCCCUCCACGGCGAUUUUCCAUUCAAGAAACCAGAAAUAGAUAUAGUUUCUGUGAAGCAAGAGAGGAGUCUGAUGAAGAUGCAGUUUUCUCAAGAAGUCCAUGGCCUGUUUUAGACGAAAAACCAGUUUUUGGUGCAGAAGGUGUCAACAGAAAGUCAUAUCCAAGUGAUGAUUUUUAUGAUGAUAUUUUCAAAGGUGAUGAGGCUAAGUCUCGGAGGACUAGCAGGGACUUCUUCGCUUCUUCCCCUGGUUCCCGGAUUUCAAGCCCCUCUAGGCCAUUGCCACCCAAAGCUGAGCCCCUUAGCACGUCAUACCCUGCUCAAUUCGGCCUUCCAGCCAAAUUGACAAAAGCAACGGACUUUCCUCUCUUUGGUACCACAAAUCGUAGUUCCUAUAAGAGCAAAGAUGGACUGUCAAACGGCACAAGCUAUAAAAACAAAGAUGAACACACUUCUCUUUCUAGAUUUGCAAACCAAGCAACAGAGGUACAGGACGAGGCAAGAAAAGAUCGCCCAGUUUACCGUCAAAGCCCCCUAUCACACGAAGCUUCUCAUACUGGUGAGAAUUGUCAUGAAACCAAAUCCAUUGAAAAAGACAUGGGAGCCAAGUUAAAAUAUAAAACACAAGGCAAGGAAGUUCCUUUUAAUAGUGGCCAGUUUCACUUCUCCAUAUACAAGUGGGCAGGCAGCGGAGUACCUCUAUUGAUGCCGCUUGGGGGAAGGAGUAAAUCGAGAUAUAAAGAAAAUUUUAAGACUGAGAGAUGUUCCAGUUCUAAUGGAAGGAUUGAAAGUGAUAUUAUUGGCAGGCAUUUACCAGCCGUGGAAGAGCACAUUAUAUCCAUAGAUACGAAAUCUUUGACCUUGAAAAUAGAUAAUGAAAAGCAUGAUGACAGUAGCAAUGACAAGAAGAUAGAUUCCUGCAGUCAAGUUGAAGAAACACAUCUGCAAGUUCCAGAACCAAAACUCUUCGAAAGUGAAGGAACUGCUGCUAAACUUGAUGACAAUAUCACAAGGAAGAAAACAGAAGAAGAAUCUCUUUCAAAGAAUGAAACUAACCUGUAUGCAAAAAUUGAAAAAGAAUUUUCUACCAAUAAAGGGCAAACUCCAAAGGCUCACACAAAAUCCCUGCAUGAACUGCUCAAGGAUGAGAACGGGGAACAAGGAAAUGAAAACAGCUUCUACAUCAAGACCACAAAUGUAGCCAGUAAUAAUGUCAAUGUCAGAACUAGUCCAAAGAAAACUGAUGCAAGAAGCACCAGUAGCAACAGAUCAGAGAUGACUAAUGCUAAGAAAGGUUCAGCCACAAAUUCAGGAGAUGCCAUUGGUGGAACUAGAGUUAAAGGAAAAGUGAAGGAGUUUGUAAAGAUCUUCAACCAGGAAACUACAGCACAAUCUAAUGCCAAGUUUGACAGCAAGAGCCCUAGGUGGCAGGGACUGGAAAUCAACAGGUCUGAAAAUGGGAUGAGCACUGCAGUCAAAACAGAUGAGAACGUGCAUAAGCUGGAUAACAUGGCAGACGCUUCCAGCAGGGUGGAUGCUAACUUCAACAAGAAUAAGGUGAAUCAAGAGUCACACUUCAAGAGCUCGGUUCACAAACCUAGUGAUCCAUCUACUAAUGAGAGCAAUGCUUCAAAUUUUUCUGAUUCACUUCCCAAGGAUUAUGACAGCAAUGUUGAAAACAAAGAUGACUCCUUCUUCCUGGUUGAAGACCUAACUCAUGAUGAGGAGAAAGAUUUACAAACAAGUGGAGUUUCUGCGGAAAUCCAAGCUUCAAAUGCUAAAAUUCAACAAUGGUCAAGUGGAAGGAAAGGAAAUAUCCGCUCACUGCUGUCAACAUUACAACUUGUUCUUUGGCCAGAGAGUGGGUGGAAGCCUGUGCCUCUGGUUGAUUUAAUUGAUGGAAGUGCAGUUAAGAGAGCAUAUCAGAGAGCUUUACUCUGCCUACAUCCAGAUAAGCUGCAGCAAAAGGGUGCUGCAUCCCACCAAAGGUUCAUUGCUGAACAAGUUUUUGAUAUUCUGCAGGAGGCGUGGAGUCACUUCAAUUCACUUGGUGCGAUUUGAGUGCUUGCAAUAUGACAUCGAGGAGAAUCCAUCCAAAUUCCCUCACCUGCAAAAUGCAAUUUUAUUUGUGCAUCAUUUUUCUUGUGCACAGUUAUACCGUUGUUUCCCUACAAGAUGUACCAUUGUUCCUUAUUUCUUUAAGGGGGAUUAGGGCCGAUUGACAAGUGAGUUUUUUGGGUGUUUGUUUAAAACUUUCCUGUAGUUUAUCGUAACAGUUGUAGAAAAAAAUUUUGAAAUGUGUAAUUUUUUUGGAUAUUUUAAAGUGUAUAAUUUAAAAAUUUUGAGAAUUUUUUUAAAA